UUGUCACACAAGUCCCAGUCGUGCUGUGUUGCUUGAAUACUACGGAGUACUCCGUAUUGUAGAUACCGUAACAACUCCAAAUUGCCAAGUUUUUCGUACGGACAGAGAAUGCGCCAAGGUCAGGGACGUUUCUGUGCCUUGGUACUCUUUCCUUCAUCUCGUUUUCCACCACUGAGACAGAGCGGAUUCCCCUACCAGGGAUGACACAGUGAAUCAAUGACGAAACAAACGACCAGGGAACCACGCUUGAUAUGAGACCUGCCAGUGCAUGUCAAUCGUGCAGGUGAGUCUGACCUUUUCCUGUCAUUUUUGGGUGGGAUGGUUGACCGCGACUGAAAUCCUCCACCAGACUACAUCGUCGGAAAUGUCGGACAAGUGGUCUCGGAGAGCGAUGUGAAAGAUGCACCAGUCUGAACCUCGUAUGCAGCAAUGUAUCUGGUCCUCGGUCGUCUUCGGAUACGCAUAUCCCUAGGCGAGGCUUUCCCAGCUUGCGUGCAAAAGAGCCUCCACCGCACUUGAACCGGAUUGCUUCUGACCCUCCAGACUCGCUCUGCUUCGAACAUGACCGUAGUGACAGCGGUUAUGUGAAGGGUGCAGUACCAGAUGGUGGAUUCAACUGCAAUGCUGAUGAUGAAGACAUGUAUAAAAAAGUGGCUCCAACCGCCGAUCUGGAACUCCAGCACGAACUGGUACACUUGUACUUCGCGCAUAUCCACAACACCCAUCACUCGCUGUUUCACGAACCCACCGUUCUGUCGCAAGUACGCAAUGGGAGUCUCCCAGAAGUUCUCCUCUAUGCCAUGAUGGCUCUAGGUUCAAGGUUUUCAGAGUCGCCCAGUCUCGCAUCCGUCGAACGCCGCAGUCGUGGCAUAGAGCCAGCGCAACGAGCCUUUGCCCUGUUCGACAUGACAGACAUCUCCGUGACGACGGUGCAAGCGGCCGUCCUGCUAGGCACCAUCUGCUUUACAGAAUCCAAAGCAGAGGCUGAAUCGCUCUACUACGCAGUGGCCAAUAGACUCGCGCUGAUGCUGGAUCUCGCUCAUCGUCAGACCAACAGCGAGACCGAGAGACAAGUCAAUCUUCGAAUAUGGUGGACACUGUACAUGAUCGACGUUUGGUGUUCGACAGGCCUACAUCUCCCUUGCCAGAUGCGUUCCUAUAAGACGGUUGAACUUCCAGCGAAUGAACUACUCUUCCUGGGUAUCGCGCCUCAGACACCGCCGAGGCCUACCACGAGCGGGAUCUGCGCGGAGAAUGCCAAACUGCACCAGAUUUGGGCCGACAUCUGUGACCUCAACCAGAACGUGAUGCGUGACGUGCAAGGCACACAGUCGCUUGAGGAUCAAGUCGAGACGCUCUUGAAAAGAUUGGAAAUGUGGUCGGCCGCGUUGCCACUUCACCUGCGGAAAACACGGGCCAAUCUCGAAUACUACGCCUCGAUCGGCCUGGGCCCGACGUUUGCCGCUCUUCACCUGGGUUACCACUACCACACCGAGGUGCUGUGCUACCAGUUCCUCGCGGGCGACGCAUCUGCCGCGAACCCCGAGUACGCCGAGAGGUGCAAGGAGCACGCCAAACACUUUUGCGACCUCUUGUACCUCUGCCAGGAGAUUCCCAAUUGCGAGUGCUUCUUUGUCAUGCUGGGCCACCUGCUGGUCGUCACCUCGACCGUUUACAUCCACACCCUCGUCUUCAGCGCGCACGAGGACGAGAUAUCCAUCGCCCGUCGGCGACUGGCCCGAAACUUUGAGAUCCUUAUGCGACUGCAGUCGUUCUGGGUCAAGCUGGAUGUGUCACUGUCGCGACUGCAGGCCUUCCACAACGCUUGCAAGAUAUCGGCAGAACACUCGUUCGGCAUGGACAAGUGGUUGCUGUGCUUCUUGCUCGAGCACGGUGUCGUCAUCCCCGAGAAGUACCCUCCGGUCGUGCAUGUCGUGAACCCCCCCGGCGGUGCUUCCCCGGAACUCACUUUGCAAGACUGGUAUUCGCAGACGUUCAGUGGAGGCCAGUGAACGAACACGCCUCGUGAAGAGCCGUCUCUUGUUGAUACUGGCCGUAUCACCCCUAGCCAAAUACUUCGUACAAGCUUUCAGAAUCAAUCAUGCAUUCGGUAUUUCGUCUCUGCGGGUCCAUGGGUACACACCAUUCUUGGUGCGAGUGUCUCGGACCAGACGCGUUCCCGAGAAAUUAACAUAACGAUUUGCAGAUUGUGAGACGAAAAGUUGUCGAGAUGAUGCUCUGCCCUGAUCCAACUUUCGGGUCUCCAAAAGCUCUCCGAUUGCAUCGAUUGCUGAGCAAAGCUUUUUAAAAUGAGCAGGCAUCCAGAUAUUAUAGACGUUUUUGGUAAGCUUAUAAGCUGUCCAUUUCUCUUUUCCAUCAGGUGGCGUAAUGUCGAAACUGUAGAUGAGACGACGAUAGAACGUGGUCUCUUUGCCCUCAAUUAUAGGAUAAUGACCAUAAAUCCUAAAACAUCGAUGAUCAUA